AUGUCAGACGAAACGACUGCCCAAUUCUGCAGUGUUACGGGAGCACAAGCGAAAGAUGCCAAGCGGUAUCUAGACAAAUACAAACGCCUCGACGCGGCGGUGGAUGCUUACUAUAACGACCCUGUCUCGCGUCGUAGCGGGGGAUCAGUCACCGCGGCUAGUACAAGUAAAUUGAAUGCCUUAUUCGACAAGUACAAGGAUCCCGACGGUGACGAGAUAACAAUUGACGGGACUAUUAAAUUUUGCGAAGACCUUUCUGUCAACCCGGAGGACGUUGUGCUGUUGUCCGUGGCAUAUGAGCUGAAGUCGAAAAGGAUGGCUAUGGAUAGUGCGCAGGCGUUCUGGGCUCUGCUCCUACCUCACGGAUUGAAGGGUGGCGCAUUGUCCCAUACGACAUCCACUGAUGAAGACGAUGUUGACAUGGAUGCGACUUCAGAGGAGGGCUGGAAAGACCAAUAUACCCAAUGGUGGUUUGAAUACCUAGAAGCGAAAGGUGGCAAGGGUGUCAGCAAGGACACUUGGUCUAUGUUUUUGGACUUUGUACGGAGCAUCGAUGCUAAAUUUGAAAAGUACGACGCUGAAGGCGAAAGCCUGGCCGUCCACCAUUGA